AAGCUCACCUCCCCACCCUCCAAUAUGAAGGUCUCCUCGGUGCUUCUGUCCCUGCUGCUCACAACAGCCACCUUCAGCACCCAGCUGCUUGCUCAACCAUACUCAAUUUCCAUCCCAAUCACCUGCUGCUUUAAUGUGGUCAGUAGGAAGAUCCCCAUCCAGAAGCUGGUGAGCUACACAAGAGUCAUCAACAGUCAGUGUCCUCAGGAAGCCGUGAUCUUCAAGACUAAACUAGCCAAAGAGGUCUGUGCUGACCCCAAGGAGAGGUGGGUCCAGGAUUUCAUGAAGCUCCUGGACCAAAAGUCCCAAACCCCAAAGCCUUCAACUGUCACACCUGGACUGGGAGACAGAGCCUGAGCAAAACUCUAUUUAUUUUUCCCCAAAUAUCCCCAGAUGCAGCGUCGUAUUAUUUUAUUGUAAUGUCCAGAAGGAGAUAUUUUGUUCAAUAAUUUAAAGCAUAAUAUAUCUUAAUAAAUUUUUAAUAAUAUUUAAGUUAUUGAUGUUUUGAGUUUAUCUUCCAUAAAUCCUAAUGUAUCAUUAAAUACAAAACCCUGGGUGACAUGUUUUCCUUUCUGUGAUCUCAACUAAGUUCAUGGCAGAAUGCUAUUGUCCUGCCUCCUGCCUGUCUGUAGUAUUGUGCUGGUCCUUCCAUGGACCAUCAGUGUGAAGCACUUCUGUUUUUUUAGGAAAUCAGAGCUCCUGUGAGUCAAAUGUGUUAUUUGUCAUGUUAUUGUUGAAAUUAAUGUUAUUAUAUGAUAAUGGGAUUUUUAAAUAAAUAUAUAUAUAUAAUUUUUAACUACUCAGUCUCAUUUUUCUUGGAGUAACAUUUAGCUGGGAAGAAGAAAAUGGUAGAAGUGGGCGAUGGGGCUGAGUCCAUCGCAUAAAUAGGAGAAUGGUUACAUAGAAGGGAAUUGCAUCAAUAAGUAAACGUACUAAAGCCAAGUCUCUCACUGUUGGAGAAGAUUCCAUAUAAAAAUACGAAAGUUGAAAGGCUAGAAAAAACUCUGUGGUGUUGGACUGGAAUAGGAGGUAUUGGUGUGAAUUCCUGGUUUAAAAA